ACUCUGGAUAGUCUGACCAGAGUUACGUAAAAUGGAAGCAAAACCAAACUGGCACACUUAAUGCAUACGAGGAUGAGGCGAUAUGAUCUAAUUUCAGCUGUUCAGGGCACUAGGGGUUCUUGAUUCUUUGGGGUGUCGCAUUACCAACCGUUACCCGAACUUUUUGGCUUUAAUCGUCGCUUGCCUUGGAGUGGAAAGUUCCCAACCGAAACCGCCCCUCCUACCACUAAGAUCUAUGAUAGCAAACAUGUACAAAUUGACAAGAGUCAACUAAGAUUCCUUCACACUCUUCAGGAUCCUGCACAGCUGAAAAUGACCAACGGCGUGGAGCGACUAUUCGACCAACUUGGACACUUUAACAGGUUUCAGGCAUGUCUUUACUUUGCUGCUAUUUUCCAGGCCAUCUCUUGUGGAAUACAUUACCUGGCCUCGGUUUUCCUAGUUGAAACACCUAAAUUUCUUUGUGACUCUCCUUCAAAUAUCACAGACGUUCUAUAUAGGAAUCACUCAUCGACAUCGCUGGCAGAUAUAUGGACUCACUACAAGCCAGGUGAUGGACCAGUGGUUGUACAGACAGCUGGAGGAGACCAGUGGGAACUUAGUCCUUGUUUAAAAGCUCUGCGACUUGAUGCCAUCAAUUUUCAAUACGAGUUUUUUGGGAACAAGACUGUGGAGUCAUGUGGUGACUUUGUCUAUGAUCACAGCGAGGUUGAGCAGAGCAUCGUAACAGACUGGGACCUGGUGUGCGAUAAGGAAUGGCUGGCCAAGCUUGCACAGCCAACUUUUAUGCUGGGAGUUUUGAUUGGAGCAUUGGUGUUUGGGGACAUUGCAGACAGAAUUGGCAGGCGCCCCAUUUUGAUGGCUACCAGCUUGUGCCAGUUUAUUUUUGGGGUCACUGUUGCAUUCACAGGGAACUACUACCUCUUUGUGUUGAUGCGUUUCCUUCUUGCAAUGGUGUCGAGCGGGUAUCUGGUUGUAGUCUUUGUGUAUGUAAACAGUUUUACAGGAAUUAAGGUGCGCACAUGGACCUCUAUGCAUGUGCAUGCAGCCUUUGCUGUGGGCAUCAUGGUAGUUGCUCUAGUGGGGUACCUUGUUCGUGUCUGGUGGAUCUACCAGAUCAUCCUCACCCUCAGUACCUCUCCGUUCUUGCUCUACUGCUGGAAGUUUCCAGAAACACCUUUCUACCUAAUGGCUAAAGGCCGGUACAAGGAGACCCAGGAGCUGCUGGACACUAUGGCUUACUUCAAUGGCCUGCCACCCACCCUUAAGGUAGACUCGCACUGACAACACAUGGAAACUGUUCCUGCCAUGAAUAAUACCCUUGAAGAUGGAAGAGCAAUGCAAGUUGAGAAGAGGCUAAGCAUCCUGGACAUGUUUGGAAGCUUGAAAAUGGCUGGUCGCAGCGCCACAUGCUGGGCUAUCUGGUUCAUCGGAAGCUUGGGAUACUAUGUCUUCAGCCUGGGGUCUGUCAACCUUGGAGGAAAUCAGUAUAUCAAUCUCUUCCUGGCUGGUGCUGUUGAGGUUCCGUCAUACUUGAUUGGCUGCAUUGCAAUGGAUCGGGUCGGCAGGAAGAAGACAUGUGCCCCGGCUCUGCUGCUUGGUGGAGUAGCUUGCAUGCUCAUUAUUGUGGUUCCCCAGGAUAUUGAGAUAUUGGCUAUAGUCCUGAGUAUGACAGGGAAAUUCGCUAUCGCCAUUGCAUUUGGUCUGAUUUACUUGUACACCUGUGAGCUUUACCCCACAAUCAUCAGGUCCCUGGCUGUUGGCAGUGGUAGUAUGAUGUGUCGGUGGGAAGUGUGGUGGGCUCCCUUCUGUGUUUACCUUGCUGACGUCUGGAUCUAUCUGCCUCAGCUCAUUGUGGGAAUUCUGGCCUUCAUUAUCGGGAUCCUGACCAUGUUUCUGCCAGAAACUCUGGGACAGCCCCUCACCUCGACUUUAGAAGAAGCUGAAGCUCUAGGCUCCAAGCCCAACAUGAAGAAUGCUGCAGUGGAUGCACAAGAGAUGAACCAAACUAUCAAAGCCUAAAUCCAUAUUAACCUAGGAUUCCUCAAAGUGCCUCUACUGACUAAGAACACUACAUACUCCAAUAUACAAGUCUGAAUGAGACAUCAGGUGUUUCUGACAAGUGUGAUACUAGACAGGCAUUUGUGGGUAGAUGUAUUCUGCGUGUGAGAGUUUGUUAGUGAAAUUUGGAUAAUUACUUAAAACAUUUUGGUUUAUUUGAUUGUGAAUAUUUUAAUAUUUUGUAAUUGUUCUGAAAAUCUUAAUUUUAACAAAGCGCUUGCAAGGCAGGACCUCAUUUAUCUAAACCAUUAAGUAUUGUAUUUUUGCAUUUCAGCCAAAACCGCUUAUGCACAGAUUCUUGCUGUCACACUGAGGAAAUUUCAGCUACAUUUUGGGUGCAAAAAGUUCCAUUUUCUAUUGUCAAUAGUGUAGCAAUGUAUGAAUCACAGUUAACACAGAAGUCACUUUCAAACCAAGAAUCUGUGACCAAAUUGAAACCGUUGUGCAAUCUGUGUGGAUUCCUAUUGAAAUGACUGGA